AUCGCUGACUAGACACACCAUUUUGUUUAAGAAAAAAAGUCGUGAAAACGUUUUUCUUGUGCUGUGUGUAAAGUGACUUUUGCAAAGUAAUUAUAAAUAAAAAAUAGCAGUAAUAAUGGACAAUAUUGAACGACUUUAUAAAUGCUACGAAGUAUUAUCAGAGGCGGGAGAUAAAAUAACUGAGCAUGUGGCGGAAUACAAAGAGAUAUUGCAAGCCGUAAAAGGCACAUCGAAAGAGAAGCGAUUGGCAUCUCAAUUCAUUGGCAAUUUUUUCAAACAUUUCCCCGAUCUCUGCGACACCGCCAUCGAAGCACAGGUUGAUCUAUGCGAAGACGACGAUACACAGAUACGUCGACAAGCAAUCAAAGACUUGCCCAAGUUGUGUCAGGGUAAUGCGGAUGCCACAAUUCGCGUGGGCGACACUUUGGCCCAGCUGCUGAUCUUGGACGAUGCGACCGAGUUGCAACAAGUGAAUAACUCGCUCCUCACCAUCAUUAAGCUGGACACCAAGAAUGCCAUCAUCGGUUUAUUCCAGCAAAUCACAACGGGAGAUGAGCCAACUCGAGAGCGUUGCUUCAAAUUCAUUGCCACCAAGCUGCUGACUAUGGGUCCCAACAUUGUUACGAAGGAAAUCGAGGAUUAUAUCGUUGAGGAGGUUAAAAAAGCAUUGCAGGACGUGACAGCCGAUGAAUUUCAUCUUUGCAUGACUAUUUUGGGUGCAACAAAACUGGGUAACACAAUAACCGGACAUGCAGAGCUAGUUAAACUGGCCACAGAGCAGGCAGAGCUAAAUACAGAUCCGAUUGCGGUGGAUGAUGAAGUUGUAGAGCGUUUCAUACAAUGCGCCACAGCAGCUGCACCUUAUUUUUCGAAAACCAUUAAAUCGACACAAUUUGUGAGCUAUGUUUGCGAUAAACUAUUGCCCAUUGACACAUGGAAUUUGCUUGCAACAACAGUGUCACAAGAUCAAAUACAGCUGCGACUGCUGAAAGUAUUCGCUGAGAUGAUCACCAACACGGACAAACUGGAAAAUGCCAGCGAACGCAUCAAUUCUGUCUACAAUGUGCUUUUGGAGUACAUGCCGUUGCCAAAGCUAACUGAUGAGGAUGUGGCUGAUGCGCCGCCUUCGUUUCAGUUCUCGCAUGCCGAGUGUUUACUCUACACAUUGCACACAUUGGGCAAGAAGCAUCCGAGCAAUUUGACAUUCGUUGAAGACGCCGAGAAACUAAAAGACUUUCGAGCUAGACUACAAUAUCUAGCACGCGGCACACAGGGUUAUAUUAAAAAAUUGGAGGAGUCACUUAAGGGAAAAACGGGCGAGGAGCUGAAAACCGAGGAGAAUCAAUUGAAGCAAACAGCACUGAAGACAACAUCAAAUAUCAACAUAUUGAUACGCGAUCUAUUUCAUUCACCGCCCAUUUUCAAACACGACAUUGUCCUCUCCUGGAUUGUGCCCAAAAGCAGUAAGCUGGGCAAACGUCACGUGCCAAUUACAUUUGGCGACAAGGCUGCCGCCAAUGGCAAGGAGGAUACUUCGGAGCAGCAGGAAAAGAAAUCGCGACCAUCCAAUGAACAGAAAUUUUAUUCACCACCAUCCGGCAAAUACUCGGGCAAAGUGAAUCCCAACUAUGGCAACAACAAUCACAACAACAACCAUCGCGGGCGCAACCGUGGAGGAGGCGGCGGUGGAGCUGGAGGAUUUAGGAAUCGACGCUACAGAUAUUAAGAUGCCACUAAGUAAACAGAAUUUUUGCAUAUUUUCAUUGCAAAUCCUAGUCGUUAAACAACUACAAACACCACAAAAAAAAAAACCGAGAAAAGAAAAAGAUAUUUGAGAACCUUCCAGAGAUUAUGAAAAUAUUCGUAACGACGUUCUAACUCACUUGUUUAAUAAACAACUUCCAAAAUCACAUACGGGCGCAACUUUGUAGAGACUGCUUCACAAAUGUCAUCAACACGGGUUCCAGGGUGAGUAUCAUGUGAGCUUUUCAUGUAACUGUCUACCUUUGAUAUAUUUCAGAGUUGGUGUGCACCAAAAUAUCUCAGCAUCAUCGAAUUGUAUGCUGCACCUCUUCUAUUAACAAUUCUCUUCUUUUAUCUCUUCCUGUUUUGUUAUUACACAAACAAUUGCUUCGUAUGUGAAACAUGUUUGCAAAUAUUUAACGUCUCUGAUAUCUUCAAGCAAAAGCCACGUCCAAUUUCACCAUUUCUAUCAACCAUUCAUAUUGUCACCAUCAUAUGGACGUAGACUUUGUUUUAAUAUAUCAAGCAACAAUUUUUCUAUUCUAUUUAUACAAUAAUAAUACAAAAAUAGUUUGUAAACGUUAACGAAAUAACCAAUUUGCAAUAUAUAUAUAUCCUCCACAUAAUAACCACAAUAUCAAAUUGAAAGUAAAGUAAGGAAGGUCCCUCUAUACAUACGAAAUAAAGAAAAACAAUGAAAUAAUAUGCACAAGA